GGGCGAAAACAGGAAGUAGUGGCUCGGCCGGGUUUUAGAGAAGUGUUGUGUAACUGCCGAAGCUGAUAUUCGACUCAGUGAGAAGAAGAAGAAGAAGUGAGUGGCAAAUAAAUCACAGCUCAGCAGAUAACAGCUGUCUAGAAGAGAACUAUAACAAGGCAAGGGUAAUACAGAUGAGUAGCAUUUUGAGUUCAGGCAGCCUGUUUGCCCCAAUAGAGACAACGUCCCUGACAGGAACUGAAGAGGAUCUGCAGCAGACAGCAGUCAGGUGUUAUGAAUGUACCUGCCUGUCACAUGAUCAUGAUAAAAAGUCUGUUUGAUUGAAGGAAAUCCACACAGGAAGAGAGACAGAUGCAUUCCACCACAACAGGUCUGUUGUGUUUCCCUGAAUGCUCGGAGUCACAGCUGGUAAAAGAGCCACACUGGACCCACAGCUGAUGGGCUUUGCAGGAAAACACAAAACUAAAGGAAUUGUUUUCUAAGGAUGGAUCGACCCCUGCAGGGAAGUGGGUCGUCCCAGCGCUGCUGUUCUUACAGAACCCUCAAGUCCUGGCUGCCCAUUCUCUCCUGGCUACCUGAGUACAAGCUGAAGUACCUGCAGAUGGACCUGCUGGCAGGCCUUACUGUAGGGCUAACUACUGUACCACAGGCUCUUGCUUAUGCUGAAGUAGCUGGACUUCCUGUGCAGUAUGGACUCUACUCUGCCUUCAUGGGGGGGUUCAUCUACACCCUACUGGGGACAUCUAAGGAUGUGACGCUGGGUCCCACAGCCAUCAUGUCCCUCCUGUGUUUCUCUGUGGUGGGAGAAGAGCCUCAACGGGCCGUCCUGCUCAGCCUCCUUUGUGGAAUCAUCCAGGCAGCCAUGGCGCUCCUCAGAUUAGGCUUCCUGUUGGACUUCAUCUCCUACCCUGUGAUAAAAGGCUUCACCUGCGCUGCUGCAGUAACCAUCGGCUUCGGCCAGGUCAAAAAUAUUCUGGGAAUCCAGGAUGUUCCCCAUCAGUUCUUCCUGGAAGUUUACUACACCUUCCACAAGAUCCCAGAGGCCAGAGUGGGUGACGUGGUCCUGGGCCUGGUUUGUCUCGCUCUUCUAAUAACGUUGAUGUUGAUGAAGUCACAUCCGGGCUCUGAGAACAGAUCAGUGGGCUCCAGAUUUGCCAGGAAACUCGUGUGGACUGUAGCAACCAUGCGGAAUGCCUUGGUGGUUGUGGCUGCGACUAUUGUGGCAUAUUCCUGGGAAGCUUAUGGACAUCAUGUGUUUACACUCACUGGGCACACUGCUCAGGGAUUACCUGCGUUCAGCCCCCCGCCCACCUCGGACACCACUUCCAAUGGAACUACCGUCUCUUUUAAAGAGAUCGUAGAGGACUUUGGAGGAGGGCUGGCAGUGAUUCCUCUGAUGGGUCUGUUGGAGAGCAUUGCUAUUGCCAAAGCUUUUGCCAGUCAGAACAACUACAGGAUUGAUGCCAACCAGGAGCUGCUGGCCAUUGGUGUUACAAACAUUAUGGGCUCCUUUGUGUCAGCGUACCCCGUUACUGGCAGCUUUGGACGGACAGCAGUGAACUCUCAGACGGGGGUUUGUACGCCUGCUGGUGGAGUCAUUACUAGUGUGAUUGUGCUGCUGUCGUUGGCCUUUCUCAUGCCGGCUUUCUACUACAUCCCUAAAGCUUCUCUAGCUGCUGUCAUCAUCUGCGCCGUGGCUCCUAUGGUUGAUUACCGUGUCGUGAUACAGAUGUGGAGGAUACACAGGUUGGACCUGCUUCCUUUCCUUGCAACAUUCCUGUUGAGUUUCUGGCAGGUGCAAUAUGGCAUCAUAGGAGGUGUAGCUGUGUCUGGAGCCCUGCUUCUGUACACCAUGGCCAGACCAAAGAUAAAGGUAUCCGAUCAUGGUGUGCUGGUGAUGGAGCUGGGCAAUGGACUCAGCUUCCCUGCAGUGGAGCAUCUUAACCACAUCAUACACACUCAGGCUCUGCAGACUAUUCCUGCCAGGUCUGUGGUGUUGGACUGCCAUCAUGUGAGCAUUAUAGAUUAUACAGUGAUCAGUGAGCUUCGGGACCUGAUGAGGCACUUCAAACAGAAAAAAGUGAAGCUGAUGUUUUCAGGAUUACAGCCCUCCAUUCUCAAGGUUCUCCUUAAAGCUGAUCUGGAGGGCUUCAGUUACGCCGACAGUCUGGAGGAGGCGCUGCUCAUGGAGUCAGUGAGCCUUCUCAGUGAUGAAGACCCAAAAUGAUGGAGAUGAUUAAGUUUGGACAGAAGAAGAUCAUGAUUCUCAUCUCUUAUCUGGGACUUUUAGGACCAUAGAUAACAGAUUUGUGGCGACGGUCAGAGAAAAUUAUCUGCUGCAGCUGAAGCAACAAGAUACACUUAAGAUUUUAUCUGCCAAAUGUAUGUUUUUCCCUGUUAUUGAAAAUACAUUUUGACAGCAUUUUGUUUGUCAUACUAUUUUGAUUUUUUUGUCAAAAUAUAUAAAAUGCCCUUUUAAAAAAUCCCCUUUUCUGACGUUGAAAAAAAAUGACAAAGGUACAAAAAAGCAAAGUGAUGUCAUUAAAAAACAAUAGCAUUGAGUGAGUUAGCUUUCAGAGCCAUGAAAAAUGUUAUGGAAAGUCUGAUAUUUUAUUAUGUGAGGGUUUAACAGCUGUCAAAAUGAACUAAUAUUUACAUCUUUUAUUGACACAUUUAUACAGGGACUUUUAUCUAAUAAAAUACUUUUAUUCA